AUGUCCACGUCCUCUCAACGCCGGGACGUGAGGCGGCCGACACCCCGGCGCCGCACACUCAGCACGCAAUCUCAGCCCAACUCUGACUUUGUCGACUUUCUGCAUCGUCUCCUUGACAUUCUCUUCACACCAAUAACCUACCCACUACGCCUCAUCCGAGAUGUGAUAACGUCGCCGCUCACGAUCAGCGUCGUAGUGAAGACGGCGCUGCUGGCGUUACUGCUGCUCGCGAGCGCGGUGUUCAGCUUCCUCGCCGUCGGCGCCUUCUGGUGGAGCUGGGGCACGGGCGGCAGUGUCGAGACAGAGGGGUGGCUCGUGUACGGCUCGCGCACGCACCGCACGCCCCACGCCGUGCUCCCCAUCAACCUCGACCGCUUCCAGGAGGACCUGCCGUACGACGUGCAAGUCGAGCUCGAGCUUGUCCGCCCGCACUCGGACGCUCCCGAGACCGGUAACUUUAUGGUGUCGAUCGAGCUCCGCUCGGUGCGCAACCCAGAGCACAUCGUCAUCGCCGCCGCGCAGCCGAUCAAGGAGCGCCGGCGCAAGGGGUCCCUGAUCCCGCCAGCGCGCGGAAACGAAGUCGUCCUCAUGACGAAGGAGCUGCUUGGAGGCGUCGUCGUGCGUCCAGGUCGCGGUGACGGCGGUGUUGGUGCCGUCUUCGUCAGCAUUGGCCGCGAGGAUACGCACGACAACGCCGGCUACCACCGCGAGGUGCGCACGACGGGCUGGGUCGUGGUGCGCUUCGUGCCGCACCCAACUGGCGUGCGCUGGCUGCUGACCUCCAACCCUCUGCCGCCCUUACUCAUUCUGCCCCCGCUCAGUCUCGUGCUCACAAUCUCGAGUGCACUGCUCGGCUUCCUCGUCAUCUCCUGCUGCUCGCGGCGCGGGUACCAGCAGCGUGCGCGCGCGAUUGCAGAGAAGGAGAAGCGCGACGAGGACAAGGACAAGAAGAAGAUGCGCGGCGAGGUCGAGGGCAAGCUCGACUUUGAGGACCGCGCCGAGCCCUUCCGCGGCGGCGCGCAGUGGCAGAAGUUUGCGAGUGCCACGGCCUCUCGUCCGAGCCAUCUCAGGAAUCGCACAACGAGCCGCGGAAGCGUAGAGGUGAGUUUGGCAAGUUGGGCGCAGGCCCUGGUCGCGGUUGUGAUGUGGAACGGCGGUGGAAACGACGAGCUAAGCCAUUUCUGGUAUCACGGCCACGACGGGCCUGACGGAGAGCGCGCUGGGCAGCAUGGCCAGCCUCGACUCGACAGCUACGAGCGAGACGGCGACGCAGACGGCCGCAAGCGCCACGAGCAGCGGAGCCGAGUGGGACUCGGAGUAGACGAGUAG